AAGGAAAUUUUGGAUGUUAGGGUUCCAGAUGUUUCAGCCCAAGCCUGACCAAUAAAAUCCACAACCUUAAACCCGGCCCAACUAACCAAUUUCAAAAAAUUGCGCGUGAGAGAGAUCCAGAUGUUUCUAGAAUAAUCCCAUUUUCCCAAACUUUAAUCUAACGGGUCACAACUCCCGGAAGAAAAGAACCUUCUGGAAUUAACCAGAGAUUUCCAAACCUGAAACCUCCUAUAACUCCUUUCCUAAAUACAACUCCACCGCCGGAAGCUUCGCGAAUCAAAUUCUUAUAUAUAAAAGCAUAUGAUCUCUUCUUAAAAACUCAUUCAAUACAAUCUUCUCUUCCCAGAAACAAACUUCUGCAAAAUUCUCUUUAAGCAAUUUUUUUCUUUCUUUCUGUAGUUUCAAAGAAUGGCAGGAAAAGGUGAAGGGCCUGCGAUCGGUAUAGAUCUAGGUACAACUUAUUCAUGUGUUGGAGUAUGGCAGCAUGAUCGUGUUGAGAUCAUUGCUAAUGAUCAAGGAAACAGAACAACACCUUCAUAUGUUGCUUUUACUGAUACCGAGCGGUUGAUCGGUGAUGCUGCAAAGAAUCAGGUUGCCAUGAACCCUGUCAACACCGUCUUUGAUGCAAAGCGGUUGAUUGGCAGAAAGGUUUCUGAUCCAUCAGUUCAGGCUGAUAUGAAGCUAUGGCCUUACAAGGUUACAGCUGGACCAGCUGAAAAACCCGUGAUUACUGUGACUUAUAAAGGCGAAGACAAGCAAUUUUCAGCUGAAGAAAUAUCAUCUAUGGUUCUCAUCAAGAUGCGCGAAAUUGCAGAGGCGUACCUUGGUUCUUCUAUAAAGAAUGCAGUUGUUACCGUCCCUGCAUACUUCAAUGACUCACAGCGUCAAGCUACAAAGGAUGCUGGUUCCAUUGCUGGUCUUAAUGUCCUGAGAAUCAUCAAUGAACCAACUGCUGCAGCAAUUGCAUAUGGUCUUGAUAAGAAAUCAUCCAGCACUGGGGAGAAGAAUGUUCUAAUUUUCGAUCUUGGUGGUGGUACAUUUGAUGUUUCAUUAUUGACUAUUGAAGAGGGUAUUUUCGAAGUGAAAGCUACUGCAGGAGAUACCCAUCUUGGAGGAGAAGAUUUUGAUAACAGGAUGGUAAAUCACUUUGUGCAAGAGUUCAAGAGGAAGAACAAGAAGGAUAUUACUGGAAAUCCCAGAGCAUUAAGAAGGUUGAGGACUGCUUGUGAGAGGGCAAAGAGGACUCUUUCAUCCACUGCCCAGACUACAAUUGAAAUUGAUUCCCUCUAUGAGGGUGUUGAUUUCUACACUUCUAUUACUCGUGCCAGAUUCGAAGAGAUGAACAUGGACUUGUUCAGGAAGUGUAUGGAGCCUGUUGAGAAGUGUUUGAGGGAUGCUAAGAUGGACAAGAGCAGUGUUCAUGAUGUUGUUCUGGUUGGUGGAUCAACUAGGAUUCCUAAAGUGCAGCAGUUGUUGCAGGAGUUCUUUAAUGGGAAGGAACUCUGCAAGAGUAUUAAUCCCGAUGAAGCUGUGGCAUAUGGAGCGGCUGUGCAGGCUGCCAUUUUGACUGGUGCAAGUAAUGAUAACUUGAAUCAGAUUUUGCUGUUGGAUGUUGCUCCUCUCUCCCUUGGGCUCGAAACUGCUGGAGGGGUUAUGACUACUUUGAUUGCAAGAAACACCACUAUCCCCACCAAGAAGGAGCAAGUCUUCUCUACCUACUCUGACAACCAACCUGGAGUGCUGAUUCAGGUGUUUGAAGGGGAGAGGGCAAGAACCAGGGAUAACAACCUGCUUGGGAAAUUUGAGCUUUCUGGAAUUCCAGCCGCGCCUCGUGGUGUCCCUCAGAUCACUGUUUGCUUCGACAUCGACGCAAAUGGUAUUCUUAAUGUAUCUGCUGAGGACAAAACUACAGGGAAGAAGAACAAAAUCACUAUCACUAAUGAUAAAGGAAGGUUGUCCAAGGAGGAGAUUGAGAAGAUGGUUCAAGAGGCAGAGAGGUACAAGACAGAGGAUGAAGAACACAAGAAGAAAAUCGAGUCGAAGAAUGGUUUGGAGAAUUAUGCUUACAAUAUGAGGAAUACCAUCAAGGAUGAGAAGAUUGCUGGGAAAUUGGAUCCAGCUGACAAGAAGAAGAUUGAGGAUGCCAUUGAAGCUGCUAUCCAGUGGCUCGAUUCCAACCAGCUUGCAGAGGCUGAUGAAUUUGAUGACAAAAUGAAAGAGCUGGAGAGUCUUUGCAACCCAAUCAUCGCCAAGAUGUAUCAAGGUGGUGCUGGACCUGACAUGGGUGGUUUUGGUGGACCUGACAUGGGCGGUUUUGGUGGCAUGGGUGAGGAUGGUCCUUCAAUGGGUGGUGCUGGUAGCACUGGUGCAGGACCCAAGAUUGAGGAAGUCGACUAAGUGGAGGCAUUUGAGUGCCUGGGGGUCUGAAUGUGGAAGGGAUUUAUUUUGUUUAGCUCAGUUUUUAGUUUUAAGUUUUUAUUUUGGUGGUACAGUCUUGGUGUUGGUUGAACUUCAGAUACCGGAUGGAAAUAUUUCAGUUUUAGUUUGUUAAUUAAUUUCUUUAUGCUUC